GACCACUGAGGGACGGACUGUGCUGCAGCAACGGGUGAGGGUUGCGGUUAUACAACCCGGUUCGGAAUUGACGCCUGGGUGAAGCAGUGCACGCCUCCAACCUUGGGACCAUAUUAAGUGCGCAAACAUGGCGGCCUCCUUUCUGCGGAUAGGACGAGUUUGCUCUCUCAAGUGCUUGCAGCUGGAGAGCUGGAGCUCUUUGAGAAGAGCUCCUGCUGCUGCCCUUUGCACCAAAUCUGUAGAGCCAGAGAGACCCGCCAGAAAGACAACCCUACCUCAACUGGACCCAAUACAGAAACUCUUUUUGGAUAUGAUCCGCGAGUAUUCCUCCAAGAGCAAAGCCACAGGUGGUCUGGUCGAUGCAGGUCCUGAGUACCAGAAAAACCUGUCAGAGGAGAUGACCAAACUGCAGCGGCUUUAUGGUGGCGGUGACCUCACCAAAUUCCCAGAGUUCAACUUCCCAGAGCCCAAGUUAGAAGAAGCAGCCCAGAAGUGAGCAUCAUGAUCAUCUGUGUUUUUGGUGUCUACGUUUCCUGUCUGUACUAUUCAUUCAAUGACAUCUAAUAAAUGAAACGACAGAACAAAUGUAAUAAAUCCAGUCCUAACUCUUUCAAUCACCUUUCUGGGAAUUUCAACAUUACAACAAAGGUGACUAAAUUCUGGACAACAGAAUCCUGAACACUGGAUGUGCACAUGCUGUUUCUAAUGUUGUGGAGUAGAUCUCAUGAAGCCUGAUAUCCUGGAACAUAAGGUUGUAGAGUACCUUCAAAUGUGCUCUGGACCUUGACUUAAGUACCUCAGUCUAAUAUUCUGUAGUUUCUUGCCUGUUGAACAGUCAGACCCACAAGAUUCUGAUUUCCCUCAAGUUAAAUCCACUAUUCCAUGUAGUAUGAUAGUGUUAGGUGAUUGAUCUGUGCUUGGCUAAUUGAGGGUCUGCAUGGUAAUAUUGUUAUGAAAGUAGAAAGGCAUGAAUAAGGAUGUUUAUUCAGAGGCUGGGAGAGAAUGCAUAUGGUACAGUGUUUCCAGAGAUUCAUUGUUAUUAAAAAGAAAUUACGCCUUCACUGCGUACACCAUGUGUUGAAAUGUGCCU